AUGGCUCAAGAAGAGAUGGAAGUUGAUCUGCAGCCAGUGGAUGGUUACUCUGUGGCGAUGCUGAGGACCCUCCCUGCAGAGCCCUCGGGUCACCCCGCCCUGUCUUCCCACCCUCUGCUGCUCUGGGGAGGAGGAGGCAGCCUUCCAGCUCUUCCUGCUGCUGUUGUCAUUCCAAGUGCUGGUGCCACCAGGGAAGUAUCUGCUGAGCCUGACCCUCCGCGGAGUCCUGCCCCAGCUCCCAUGGGAUUGCAGAGGCUGUUUGGCCAGCCCCGGCCCUCCCUGCAGGUCCCGCAGCGUCCCCGCGUCCAGAGAACUCGAAGGCAGCAGAGGCUCGGAGGUUCCCAGGGGACAGUCAGAGCCAGGGCAGCAUUGGACAACUACUUUCACCUGAGCAGAACCCAGGAGCCAACCACAGGACCAGCUCCACAUCUGGAGCCCUCCCAUGGUGUGCAAGACAGCCAGGAGCACAGCUCAGGUGAAACAGUAGAAGUCAGUGACUCUGACAGCAGCACUUCUGAGGAGGAGGAGGAUGUGGUGGAGGCUGCAGCACCACUGAUACCAUCAGCCCAGGAGACACCUCCAGCAGCCAGCUCAGAAGAUUCCAGUCAGGUCCAAGCCGAGCCACCUCAAGCUUUGUCUCAAGCUUCUGCAGAACAUGGAAGUCAUGAAGCUGAAGAAGCUCAGGUCCAACCAAAGCAGAGGACUCCAGUGAGGCAAGUGGAACCCUCAGUUCCCGCUGUGCCAGCAGAUGAGGAGGAAGGGGACACCUGUGCCAUCUGCUUUGAGCAGUGGACCAACGCUGGGGCCCACCGGCUGUCAGCACUGCGGUGUGGGCACCUCUUUGGGUACACCUGCAUUGACAGGUGGCUCAAGGGACAGGCAGGGAAGUGCCCCCAGUGCAAUAAGAAGGCAAAACGUUCUGACAUCGUGGUUCUCUACGCUCGUACCCUGAAAGCUCUGGACACCAGUGAACAGGAACGCAUGAAAAGCUGUCUGGAAAAGGAGCAGAUGCUGAGGAGACAAGCAGAGCUGGAGUCUGCCCAGAGCCGUCUCCAGCUGCAGGUUUUGACGGAUGAAUGCAGCAAACUGCGCAGGCAAGUUCAGGAGCUGAAGGCCCUGGUGGCCCAGCACAAUGGGAGUGGUUCCCAGCAGCCUGGCAGCUCCCGCUCCUGCCUCCCCAGCAGCCUCCCCUCCAGCCAGAGCCAGCGCAAGUACCACUUGGAAAAGGUUUUUCUGGUGUCUCAGACUGGGAACUGCAGAGUGAUGGCAUUCUGUGACUCCCUGAGCUGUCUGGUGGUAUCACAGCCUUCUCCACAGUCUACUUUUAUUCCUGGUUGUGGUGUGAAGAUGCUGAGUGUGGCCAACUUGAAGAGCAGCCAGUACAUCCCCAUCCACAGCAAGCAGAUCCGGGGGCUGGCGUUCGGCAGCCGGGCAGAUGGUUUGUUGCUCUCUGCUGCUCUGGACAGCACUCUCAAACUCACCAGCUUGGCAACAAACACUGUGGUGCAGACAUACAACACUGGCCGUCCUGUCUGGAGCUGCUGCUGGUGUCUUGAUGAUACCAACUACAUCUAUGCUGGGCUGGUCAAUGGCUCUAUCAUGAUCUAUGACUUGAGAGACACCAACUCCCACGUCCAGGAACUAGUCCCUCAGAAGUCCAAGUGCCCUAUGGUAUCACUGUCCUACCUGCCCCGGAUGGCCUCAGCAUCCCUGCCUUAUGGUGGAAUAUUAGCUGGGACCUUGGAAGGAGCCUGUUUUUGGGAACAGAAAGCUGGGAAUUCCUACAGGCCCCAUCACCUGCCCCUGGAACCUGGAGGAUGCAUUGAUAUUCAGACAGAGACCAGCACCCGCCACUGCCUCGCCACGUACAGGCCUAGUAAAAACAACCCCUGUGUGCGUUGUGUGAUGAUGGAGCUGACCUGCAGCCCACUGACAGAGGCCUCUGAGGACGUGGUGUGUUCUUCUAACCCCGUGCAGACUUUCAGUGCUGGGCCCACCUGCAAGCUGCUGACCAAGAAUGCCAUUUUCCAGAGCCCAGAGGAAGAUGGCAGUGUCUUUGUGUGUGCUGGGGAUGAGGCAUCUAAUUCUGCCCUGCUCUGGGACGCUGGCAGUGGCUCCUUGCUGCAGAAGCUUCAGGCUGACCUGCCCGUGCUGGACAUCUGCCCUUUGGAAGUGAACCAAACCCACCUUCUGGCCACACUGACUGAGAAGAUGGUGAAGAUCUACAAGUGGCAGUGA